UCGCACUUAAAUGCAUUUCUCCUAUUUUCUCUCUCUCAGUUUGGAUCCCAUCUGCAUUUGACACUAUGAAACUGGUGUAUGUGUGCUGUUUCCUGCUGACAGCAGCCAGACAAGCUGUAGAGGCUGUUGGCAGUGGCCCAUCUGGGGUUCAGGAGAAGGUGGCUGGAGUUUCCAGCUGUUCCCAGGUGAGACUGAAGCCAGUAGGGCAAUGUGAAGAUGAGGAGGAAUGCCCGUACCAGAUCACUCUGCCACCACUCACCGUCCAGCUUCCCAAACAAUUCCGACUACUGGAGAAGACAAUGAAAGAACUACAGAGCUUGAAGGAGACUGUAAACAGAUUGAAGAGCUCAUGUCUGGAGUGCAGCUCGCAAAAAGUGGACCUCAACUUGCAAAAGGACAGUGGAGAUCCCCCGGCUGGGAAUGCAGAGCAGGGUAGAGGGGACACAAGCACAAGAGACUACUGGAAUGGAAAUGAUAGCAAUAACAACAUUGUACAGGACAUGCAGUUGAAGAUGAACCGCAUGUCUAACAGCCUGAAGAAUGCACGAGUGCAGAUUAACUCCCUCCAGGGUCGUCUGGAGGAUCUUAACCUCCUCAAUUCGCAAAAUGUUGAGGCUAUAGUAGACCGAAAAGUUAAGAACAUCACUGGGACUGUCAAUAAAAUUGGCAGCACCUGUGCUUCACAAUGCAUGGAUCAACUUCAACUUCAACACAUCAAAAACUUCACAACCAGAGACUGUUCUGAAAUCAGUGUGCUGAAGCAGAGGACAAACGGAGUUCACCAGGUGACCCCUGACCCCAAGAAUGGCAGCUUUCCAGUGUACUGUGACAUGGAGUCAUUUGGUGGUGGGUGGACAGUCGUGCAGCGGCGAAUCAAUGGUAGUGUGAGCUUCAACCGCACCUGGGCCGAAUACAAGAAGGGCUUUGGUAACCCACAUGGGGAAUUCUGGCUGGGCAAUGACAAUAUCCACCUGCUCACCAAGACCAAGGACAUGGUGCUGCGCAUUGAGCUUGAAGACUUUGAGGGCACACGUGGGUAUGCCAAGUACGAACAGUUCUAUGUUUCAAAUGAAUUUCUCCGUUAUCGACUGUCGGUGAGUGGGUACACUGGGACUGCUGGGAAUGCUCUGCAAUUUAGCAAACACUUCAACCAUGAUCAGAAGUUCUUCACCACACCAGAUAAAGACAACGACAUGUACCCCUCAGGGAAUUGUGGGGUGUACUACGGAUCGGGCUGGUGGUUUGAUGCCUGCAUGUCAGCAAAUCUCAAUGGCAAAUACUACAAAGCAAAGUACAAGGGGAAGAGGGAUGGGAUCUUUUGGGGCACAUGGCAUAACCUGACUAAUGAGUACUAUCCCACGAACUACAGACAAGCAUUUAAAAAUGUCAAAAUGAUGAUAAGGCCAAAAAAUUAUGCCCCCUAAGCCAACUAUUUUAUAAAUGGAAAGAACAAAUAUUUUUGGUGCUGUUAUGCACCUUCCGUCAAGGAAAAUGUCUAACAGUAUAGCUUGUUACAGAGAUGACAUAUCCUUAGAAAUUAAAGGAAUAUUCCAGGUUCAAUACAAGUUAAUCUCAAUCGACAGCAUUCAUGGCAUAAUGUUGAUUACCACAACAACAUUUUUUUGGACAUCCCUCCUUUUCUUUAAAAAAAAAAAAAGCAAAAAUCUGGGUUUCUGUGAUGCACUUACAAUGGAGCCAAUUUUACAACUUCGUCGCUAUGACAACGUAAUGCCAUAAACCCUUAAACAAUUGUAAAAAUGACGAUUUAAACAACAGCUCAAAUAACACACAAGUUUUAACAGAAGAAUUUAUUGAAGUGCUUUUAUAAAUUCAUAAACUUCACUUUUCUGCCAUUAAACUCUCCAAAUAUUUGCCUCAUUCACUUCCAUUGCAAGUGCCUCACUGUAACCUCCAUUCUCUAAUUAUGCCACAGAUGCUGUCAAUUGAGCUUAAUUUGUAUUGAAUGCGGAAUAGUCCUUUAACAGGACUGUGUUUAAAGAAAUAAAAUGAAACUCUACAAAACUCUAUUAUAAGCAUAUUUGGUCUGUUUUACACACAAAGCGGAAAUAUAUACAAUCCAGCCUCUACUCUGAAUAUAUAAGGACAUUGUUUAAUGGAUUCACUUCUUUCUUAGUGUAUGCUACUGUCAUCUUGUGUUCAGUUGUAUAUUUAAGCAAUAUCACACGAGCAAGAGUGCGAUAUGGCCCUAUAUCAGCAUUGCUGUGAUUCGGCCAUAAGUAAUCACAGCAGUGCUGAUUUUGGGCCAUAUAGCACGAUUGAGAUAUUGCUUAUAUACAACAGUUCCAUUAACAAGUACAUUUUAAUUUUUUUUUGGAAAAGUGAGUACGGUCAUAAAAAAAUGCAUUUGUGCAUUGAACUACUUUCUUACGCGGCGGAUCAGAAUCUGCCGUUGCUGGUUCAAAACAAAUGAUGCGUCCAAUCCUCCAUUAGUAAUUCAAAAAUGUCACUUCAGAAAUAGUAUCAUGGCUUGUGCUGUUUCUAACAAGUUAUUGGAUAAACAAGGAUGGAUGUGCGUGUGUGUGUGUGAGUGAGAGAGAUGGAGCGUAUGCAAUCACAUGUUGCCACUCCCAAGAAGAGAUGCUGUCAGCUUUCUGAAGAUCAGCUUUCUCAGUGGAAAAAUAUCAACCAAGCGGGGGUAUUUCUCCCUAUUUCACGGUAGCCGGUGCGCAAGUGUCGAAGAAACUAUAGAAACCGCAAUGUCCUCUGCCAUUUGAAAGAGCCCCCAUUGUGUAAUUAAUCCGUCCGUUGUGUCUCUCAGCUGUGAUGAGCCGUAAUGCUGAAGUUGUUCGUAUAAAGCCAUUUAAACCGAUUUCCUAGCUUUAGAAGUGUAGUAGUAAUACAAGCGAUCACAUAGAGCUGUUGUAUGUAAACGGCUGAUGCGGAUUCACUUCAUGUCACCUAACUGGCUCAUAUUACACACAAAAAUUAACUUUUGCCAUCACCAGCUGGCUAACAUAUUUAAUGUAAAAAAAAGAAAAAAGACAAA